AUGGCAACAUCGAUCAUAUACAACAAACAACAAAUUCUGGAAAUGAUCAAAAAUAAAAAUCCAGCUGUUUCAUUUGUUAAACCAAAACAUGCAAAAAGUUUAAAAUGGGAUAAUUAUUUACAAGUUUUUAUUAAUAAUCAUGCUCAACAUUUUAUAUCUUGUUUAAAAUGUCAUUGUAUAUUAGCAUGGAAGCCAAAUGAUGGUACGAAUGUUAUGGACAAACAUAAUAAAGCGUGUAGACAACAACAAUUUUCAUCAUCAUCACAAUCAUCAAUAGAUUCAUUUUAUCCAAAAAAUAUCAAUGUUUCGAAAACAUUAAUUAAUUCAACAAAACGAAAAAUAAUUCAUUCUUUAGCUGAAUGUUGUGCUUUAGAUAGUUUACCUUUUACUCUAAUUUGUGGUGGUGGAUUUAAAGAAUUAAUUGAAGUUUUAAUUAAAACUGGCCAUCAAUUGGGUUCAGCUAUUUCAAUUGAUGAUUUAAUUCCUAAUUCAACAACGAUUAGUAGAGAAAUAGAUAAAAUCUAUACUCUACGUAAAGAACAAUUAAUAUCAUAUCUAGCAACAAUUAAUAAUUUUGUGAUAACAGUAGAUUUUUGGACUGAACAAAAGACUAAAGUACAUUAUGGUGGCGUUACAUUACAUACAUAUUCAGAACAACAUGGUCUUUUGGUAUUUGUCCUUGCAUGUAAGCCUUAUGAUUUAGCUACACAAUCAGCUGAUAAUAUUCGAUUAUUUACUGAAUCAAUUCUUAAAUCAUAUGGUUUAACACUGGAUCGAAUCAAAUAUGUUGUUAGUGAUAACGAAAACAAGAUGCGAGCAUCUUUUCGUGACGAUGUUAUUCGUAUUGGUUGUGCUGCUCAUUUUAUAAAUAAAAUCCUCGAACAUUCAUUAUGUAAUUCAAAUAUUGAUUGUGACGAUAUUCAGCAAUUAUUUAAAGAUAUACAUGAUAUUGUAUAG